UGUUUAUGGUUCUCCUAUUAGCAGUGGGUAGUACAGUCAAAAAUUCCUUGAUGUUUCUUCUCUGUUUGCACAGGCUGUGUUGCAAGACCCAGUAAUGGUUUUAAAAUGUGAACUCUUACUCCCAGAUGCUGGCCGCUGGUUUUGCCUCUCGUACGGGUGCAGAACACUGGGAACAUCCCGGGGCCGCUCACAGGGCGGGGAUGAACCAGGGCUGUGCCGGGGAAGGGCGGCAGGUGAAGCAGCUGGUACCGCGGGUGGAAGGAGCGGUGGCUGGAGUGCUACCCGUCCUGCGGCCGGCACCACCGAAAAGAGUGUGACACAUGCUCUCGGCCCGGGCCCGUGAGGCGCGGUGUGCAUUGGCAGGGCCAUCGCCAUUCCCCGGACUAGCGGGCCUCAGCGCCGGCACACGCGUUACCGAGGACCGCGCGGCACUCGAUUUCCCCACCAACCAACGCAGAACCGGGGCCCAGCGGGGAGCGAGGCGUGUCUGUUCCGGUGCUAACGUGACGACUUCCAGAACGGCCACGCGAGUUCCUGAUCCAGCCCUUAAAACUUUGGGACUGAGCACUGAGGAUUUGGAGCUAGAAGAUGAUGCGGAGAUCACACUGGAUGUAUUCAAGGAAGGAAUAAAGAAAAAGAUGCUGGAGAGCUGGUCUGUGUAUUAGUUUGAGCACUGGUCUGCUAUAUUUAUUAAAAACAGGCAUCUUCCCCAAUUUUUCUUCUGGUUUGUCAGCUGUGAAGAGUCAAUUUUAAGCAAUAUUCUGUUUUCUCUUUUUCUCAUCUUCUCUGCCCUUCAGUGGAGCAAUCAGCUGAAAAGGACAAGUGAUAAGAACGUGUUCCUGUCCAGCAGGCACUGGAGGGAGUAGAGUUAAGAAUUGCCGUUCUUAAUAUAAUUAGAUGGUUAAAAAAAAAAAAGUAGAGAUCUCUUUUGCAACUAAAAUAGUAUUUUGGAGUUUCCUCCUUCAGGUUAUAGUUUACAGUAAAGGAUUGUUACCUGUUGGCUCAUUAGCACUGAAUAAAAUUAAGUUGGUUUGGG